ACCACAUCCGAGUGAGGCUCGGGGACUGUUUAAAAAACGAAACGCGCGAUUCGCGUUGCGCGUACGCACGGGCGCGCGCGCUCUGCUUUUCAAAUUUCGAAUUUCGCUCCGUUUUUAAAAUUCGCGUUCGCGAAUUUUUUUGACAUGUCCAAUUAGACAUAGAUAGUGUUAAUUGUAGUGUACAAUACUGUGAUGUGUGCGAUGACAUACGGAAUUCUAAGUUGAGUGGGAAACUGUUAUAUAUUAAUUUAAGGACAUCUCGUGUACAUUUGAAGACAACAUCAACAUGAACCAACAAUGCAAAGUCUGCGGGGAGCCGGCGGCAGGCUUCCACUUCGGCGCCUUUACUUGCGAGGGUUGCAAGUCGUUCUUCGGCCGAACGUACAAUAAUCUAUCGUCGAUAUCGGAGUGCAAGAAUAACGGGGAAUGCGUGAUCAACAAGAAGAACAGGACGGCGUGCAAGGCCUGCAGGUUACGGAAGUGUCUACUGGUCGGCAUGUCCAAGUCUGGUUCGAGAUAUGGUAGGAGAUCUAACUGGUUCAAGAUCCACUGCCUUCUACAAGAGCAGCAGCAACAGCACAUACAGCAAUUCCAGAAUAGCAAGUCGCCACCCACUUUCAAUCCGUCAUUAAAUCCAUCGUUUCUUCCCACGAACUUACUGCCUGCCGCAGCUCUAGCAGAGUAUUACAAACAUUCAGAGAAGAGCCCAUUUACUGAAGACAUUACUCGGCAAAGUGUCUCACCGUCAGAUUCUGGGGCAUCUUCUGCAGACCCUGAAGAUGACAACAGUUCGAGGAGUACGAGCGGUCAGAGCAUUUUUAGACCUACAUCAUCACCUUCAAGCGAUAAGGAUGUGAGGUUACAGGCUAUUAGGAAUCAAACAAAGGAUGUCAGAAAGCGGAAACCGCCGACAUUGCCUCCCUCUCCUUUUGGAAUAGCAACAGCUUCACCAAGUUUCUCACCUAGACCAUUCUUACCAGCGAUGCAGCGGGCCAUUCCUCCUGCGAUCACGACAUGGCCUAAUCGGAAUGGUGGAGACUUGCUGCUGCAUUCUCCAGCAGUCGCAGGAGUGGCGGUAGACCAAGAUCAACCGAUAGACCUAUCGAUAAAAUCAACUGCCGUAUUAUUUAGAAGCCCGAAGAAUGACGAAGUCAGCGACUCUGAACCCGAAUUGAGUAUUGAUCUUAGUGAAGAAAAUAAAGAUAUAAUGAAAAAUCCGCUAGAUCUGUCGCUCGUCCCCAAACGGACUGAAGAAGUGCCUUUGACGGGGUGAAUGGACCUCGUCUAGUUUUCUAUUUAUGUGUACAUAGCUAGUAUAAACUUUUGUAUUUUAAAAUACUCCGCCGUACAGUAUUUAAGAAAUCUCUACAUUCCUUCUAUCUUUCUACCUGAAUUUCCAGUAGGUUAGCUUAAUGUAGAUAGUAGUAAAAUUUUUAAUAUUAAUGGAUGGAAGUCAUGACAUAGUAGUAAAUAUGGAAGACCAAGUGGGUCGUAAACCGAUGGCGGCAAGCGAUCACACACUUCCUGUUUGGAAGCACUAAUGCGCUUCGGUGCGCGCUACGUCCGAAUAUUUUAAUACGCAUAAGGCUUUAGAGCUUACGUGCCGGUAUCCGUGCAACCAUCGGUUACCGCCUUUUUCCGUUAAUGAAUACUUGGUUGAGUGCCACGAGUAAGAAUGUGCCAGUUUUAUUAUUACCAAUAUUAGUUAAUUAUCUAAUGGGAUCAAAGGCCAGUUGAAACGACGCUCAAAAUUUAAUGUACAAAUAGAUGAGUCUUGUAUAAUAGAAUUGUUUAAAAUGUGUUUUUUUUUUCUAUUUAUUUUUAUAGCUGAUAGGCCAGUUUGUAUUGAGUCAUUUUUUAUGAAACUUUAGUACUUAAUAGGUUUAUAUAUAUUUUUUGUAUAAUUUAUGAGUGUAGUAUAAUUUUUAACGAUGCCUGUGUGUUUCUAUUAUUGUUGUUUGUUUCAUUUUGUUGGAGAUUUUUAUACAUUUACAUUCCAUGGGGUUUUCUCAUAUCGGUUGUAACGAUAGCCUAAUUAUUACAUGUAUAAUUUGUAGUGCUAUUCUACCAUAUUUUCCGUCUACUUUCUCAAAAUGCUCAAUCUUUUACAACUCAAUCUUAAUUAAUGUUGUUACGAAUAUUUGCUAACUAUAUUUUUGAAAGCGGAAUGUCAUUUUUUUAAUAUCACGAUACUAUGAAAUUCUUUAAAUAUAGAAUAUAAAGAAUAUAUAAAAAAAAAAACUGACAUAUACUGCCAACAUUUUUGUGAAAUAAAAAAGGAUAGCAAACGAAAUAUAAAACAUCGAUUCAGUGUUUAUGUGAGCAAAUGUACUAUGACAAACAUUUGACAUAUAGUUAUUAGAAUUUAAAAUUGAAGUACAACUUUGUGACUUACUCUUGUUAUGGCCGAAUAUUUUUUUUACAUGUAACUGUUUUGAAUAAAUGACGUUCUUUGACAAUCUUAGACUGAGAUCAAUACAAUAUAUUUUCAUUUAAUUUAAUACCGACCCAAAAAUAGUUUGGAUAUAUUAUGAAUUCUUCCCUUUUUUUAGAGAAGGAUAAUUCUUAGCAACCUUUAAUAGAUGUUGACAGGCUAAUUCAAUUUGGUGAUGGUUCUCAGUUCUAGAAAUGUCAAAUUAUUAUACUAACGCAAAUAAGCUGGUAACUAAAAUAAAUCAAUAUUACAGAAAUGAAAAUAGAGGUUAUGUAAAAUUUACUCUUUAGGCAACACUUUAAUGUUCAACACGUUGACAAUAUUGCUAAGUCUUUAGUUGUUAGAUUAUAUCAAUACCUAAUUACAAUGAAAAAGAUGUUGCUGAACAUGUUGCGACAGGAUCCUGAUUAGAAUACAUUAUUGGAUUUAUGGAAUAUUUUUUAUCGAACGUUUUAAUAAGGGUCAGUUCAUACUUUAAGAGUAAGUCCGCGUACUGACUAAGUUAACAAAUAAAUAAUUGUUGUUGCAGUGUGAUACGAUAUUUUUAUGGUGUUUAUACAUUUUUUUUUUUAUGUUUUAUAAGUAAAUCUUAAUAUAUUUGAAAGAGAAUAAAAACGUGAGUGCCUUUUUA